AUGGCUGUACCUCUGCGUACGAUCUUUACCGAGGCUCCUAUACCCCUUGCCAGAUUCUUUGAUCCUCCAGGUGCUAGUUCCCGCAGUAUUUCACAAAAGUCAUGGGCUUCUACCUAUUCAGAGAUUUCCAUGCCGUUGUUUCAAUUCUUCGACCUCGACCAGAUCCAAGGCUUGUUGGGUCCAGAGGAUGAACUGGACCGACUACUCCUCGCCAAGACGGCAUAUCCACACAACCCGGCCGCAGAAGCCCUUCAGAGCGAAGCAGAUAAGCAAAAACCCUGCCUCACGACCACCCCCUAUCACAACCACCCCCCCUGCCUACUAAUUACCCAACUUCUGAAGCGAUUUUCUUAACGAAUACGUUGUUCACGAUGCUUUUUUUGGUAUUUUUAAUUAGAUCUAUUAUUUUUAACCUUAAUAACCUUUUUUAUAUUACUAUCCUUAUAUUUUAAAAUAUAUUAAU